CGCAACGUCGCAAAGUUCUGCUGCGGAAGAGGUGAUGCAAAGAAGGAGAUGGCUGAACUUAGAUAGCCCUGUGUGUGUGGGAAUACUUUCACCAUGGAUGCUCUCCGGGGGGAAGUGAGUCGCGGAGGACGGCGGCUUGUCCUCGCCGUACUCUUUCUUUGGUGUGUUGGGUCUGUGCGCGGUUUCGGACAGAACCAGGACAGUGAGUUCACGUUUCUGCUGCCAGCCGGAAGAGCCGAGUGCUUCUUUCAAACAGCAGUAAAGAAUGGUACGAUGGAGGUCGAAUAUCAGGUGAUAGCUGGUGCUGGUAUGGAUGUAGACUUCACCAUCAUCUCCCCUCAAGGCAUCCAGCUCGUAGCUGAGUCUCGCCGCUCCGACGGAGUCCACGUGGUGGAGCCCACGGUGGAGGGAGACUAUGAAGUCUGCUUUGACAACAGCUUCAGUCGCUUUUCGGAGAAGAUGGUGUUCUUUGAGAUCAUCAUCGAGGGACAAGGGGGAGAUGUGGGUGGGGACGAUGAGUGGGCAGGUUUGGAGGAGCCUGAUGGAAGCCUCCUUGAAUACAAGUUGGAAGACAUCCGGGAGUCCAUGGACUCUCUGCACAGACGCCUGGAGCGCAGCCGGCAGAUGCAGACGGUGCUGCGAGCUUUUGAAGCGCGGGACCGCAACCUCCUAGAAGAUAACCUCUGGAGAGUCUCAUUCUGGUCGUGUGCCAGUGUGCUGGUGAUGCUGUGUGUGGCCCUUACCCAGGUCUACACUGUCCGUAAACUAUUUGACGACAAGAGGAGGGUCUGCACCUAGACGCGUUAUUUUGCAGUCCUAAGUGAUGGAGGAAGUCCAGCACUGGAAGUUGUGUUGGCUUUGAGGCUAUAUAUUUGUGAGCAAUAGUGAAACAUUAUUAGACCAUUAAGGGUGACACAAUUAUGCGAGUGUGAAAGUUCAUGUUGGUUAUGCCAUUUCAUUUAGUGCCUUUUAAUGUCAGAUUUUACCACAGACCAAUGAGGGAAUGCAUGUUGUACUCGAACUGCUGUUAAUCACUUCUGAAACUGGUUAGAGGUGUUUUUCACUGAAGGUAACAUCAGUAAAGGUCAGUUAAGUGACGCCGUGUAGAAAGGAACUUAAAGUUCGCCAGGUUUACAAGGGAUAGCAAUGUGCAAUAGUGAUGCUGGCGUAUUUGUUCUUGUUAUCUUGACAUUGUAAGACCUAGCGGUAUAUAAGUGAUAUUAAAUUGUGACCAGUCCAGACGUUACAGCCUCAUUGCUGGUGGGAAGUUACUGAUUUCUUUUCAUGUGCCAGUGUAACUCCAUGGGGACAAAUAACAGUGCAGUUCAAGAAAGAAGAGAAGACUUCCAGUGUGAUUGUGUGAUUCAUAAUUCUGCACUUGUGAAUUCUCCUGACAAAUAUGUGGUCAGUACAUGAAUGUCAUUUCAUUUAUGGAUCAGGAUCAUUCACUAUGAACGUACUGACAUUUUGCUGUGUGUUUGUGUGUUUCUGACUUCUCUCAUUUUGUGUUUUAGACGAUCAAGCUCGCAUUCAUUUGCCAAAAGAAUGUAAUUAUGAUUAUACUCGAGAGUUUUUUUUUAAGAACAGACAUUGUUGAUCACAAUAAAAAACAUUUUUACACAGAGAA